AUGUCCUUCCCAGGCGAAUACGUCCCUUCGAGCGACUCGGAUGACUCGGACGCUUCGUUCUCGCCCGGCCAGCUCCAACACCUCGAAGCGAUCGCACAGAUGUCGACAGACUCGGAGGAUGGCGAGUUCGUGCCAGGCGGGAUCGCGGACGACGACGACGACAUGUUCAUCGACGUGGAUGACGAUGACGAGGAGGAAGAGGAAGGCCCUGGAGAUGCGGGUCGGCUGGACGGCCAAGCCGAUGAGCAGGACGAGGAGGAGGAGGGGAGAGAUCGUGAUGAAGAGCCGAGCCUGAGGAUCGGCUACGACCCAUCGUCUGGAACGGUUCUCCUCCUCGACGCUGCUGGCAAUCCACGACGCCUGACUUCGAACGACCUUGCCGGAACGUCGAUCACGUUGGGAGCCAUCCGCUCAAUGCUACUGCGGCGGUUCGGCGGAGGAAGCGCGAUGAAUGCGGACGAGGAAGACGAGGAGGAGGUCAUGGAAGAGGACGACAGCGACGAGGACAUGUGGGGCCCUACCCGCCGUAACGCCCGCCAGUACUACAAGAUCGUCAGGGAACCGCAAGAACCGGGCAUGCGUCUCGAGCGCGGCGGGGCCUUUGGUCCGAUCCCUCGCAAGUACGACCAGACGAAGCGCAAGACCUGGCAGUACGCGCCCAAUCCGGCGGACUAUUUUCGCUACCGAGAACUCGACUAUCGACGACCGCUCAAAGACACACUGGGCGAGAUGACGGUGCCGAACUCGGUUGGUGUUGAAGUGUCGCAGUUCACGAGCAAGGUCUACUCGGGACAGUACAGCACGGACGGAGCGUUCUUCUACACCGCUUGCCAGGACUUCCGCGUCUACAUCUACGACACGAGCUCGCCGCCUCGAGUAGGCGACAAGUCCGUGACCGACUCGGCUGCGCCUCGCUCUCGCACGCCCUUCAUGCACGACUGGCAACACCGAUCCUCUCUCAAAGUCAAGAAGAUCGUUCAAGCGCAGGCGCAGAACUGUCGCUGGACGCUCACCGACGCCGAGUUGAGCGACGACAACGAAUGGCUCAUCUACUCGUCCAUCUCGCCCCGCGCGCAUAUGGUCAAGACUGGGCAGGGGAACGCGUGGGAGACGGAGGACCACGAUCAGGAGACGCUCAACUUUGCGGCGGGGUCUGGCUCGUACGGAGGAUUUGGCAUCUGGUCGCUCCGCUUCUCGCACGACUCGCGCGAAGUCGUCGCCGGCGCUUCGGACGGGCAGCUUUUCGUCUACGAUAUCGAAGCGCAGCGCACCGUUCUCCGAGUCAUGGCUCACCUCGACGAUGUCAACGCCUGCGCCUGGGGCUCGGACAUGGACUCAAACUUGCUGCUGAGCGGAAGUGACGAUACGUUCGUCAAGGUCUGGGACCGGCGGAGUCUGGAUGGACAGAGGCCAAGCGGGAUCUGUGUUGGACACACGGAGGGAAUCACGUUCGUUUCGCCGAAAGGUGAUGGGCGGUAUAUCCUAUCGAACGGGAAGGACCAGGGUAUGAAGCUGUGGGACUUGCGCAUGAUGAUGAGCGACUACGACUUUGACCGCCUUCGCCUCGAUCGCAAGUCGUUCGGCAUCGAUGGCUGGGACUACCGACAGUCGUACUACGCCAAGCCUCGCUAUGAGAAGCAUCCCCACGACGUGUCCGUUAUGACCUACCGCGGCCACUCGGUGCUCCGCACCCUCAUCCGCUGCCACUUCUCGCCCGUCGCGACGACGAACCAGCGCUACGUUUACUCAGGCAGCAGCGACGGCCGUAUCCACAUCUACUCGCUCGACGGCCCGAUCGUCCAGGUACUCGACCGCGCGCACACCCACCCGCUCAUCAACGCCAAGUCGGGCGAGUACAACGACCCCUCGGACUUGACGCUGCGCAGGUCGAGGCGCAAGGCGAGGGGUCACUUGACGAGUACCGUUCGCGACGUCUCUUGGCACCCGUACGAGCCGACGCUCAUGUCGACGGCGUGGGAGUCGCGCGGCUCAAUCGAGGGCAGCAUCGCCCUGCACGAGUGGGCGCCCCGCAAGGGCGAGAGUCUCGAGGACAUCGUGCAGCGGUCGAAGGACGAGGCGAGCGGGUGA